AUGAAGGCACCGGAGCAUCAUUCUCAACAUCUGAACCGCCAAGCCCAGGAAUCCGACGCGUCACAUUCCCCUGAGAGGCGAGUAUCCAACGCCGAGCAAAGUAAUGGCUCAUCAAAGGUGCCAGCUUUUUCAGGGGAGACAUCCAUCACACACAACUUGACGGUUGUUGAGAAUCGGCUGGAACAGAUGGGUGUGCAGUAUGAGAGAUGUAGAUCCGCGUCGCCUAGUUACCAGUUUGACUCCCGCUUGACACCGUCUCCUGAUAGCCCACCUGGUCAUCCGAAACAAAUACAAACAUGUAUUUACCAUCGGUCAUUGAAAGCGAACGGAUUAGUUCCUGAUCGAAAGCAAUGGGAUGGUCUUUUAACUACAUUCUGCGACGAGGUACACAUCUUGGUGCCUUUCCUUCACUUACCCAGUGUCUGGAAAUUAUAUGGAGAAAUAUGGGAGACUUCAUUCACAGGCAAAUCCAGCAAGCAGGAUCAAAGUGGAUUACGUCGAGUACAAACGGCUUACAUACUACUAUGCCUUGCUAAUGGACGGUGCGUUGAGUCCUCCCGGUUUGAAGACGGAGAGGGCCAGUAUUCUGCGGGUUGGAGCUUGUACAAUGCCGCACGAGACAUAUUCGGAGACUUGCUUAAUGGAUUCCGUCUUUGCAUUGACCAGAUUCUUAUACUUCAGACUUACUUACUUAUGGUGAGAUUGCAUAAAACAUUUGAAGAGCCAGGCUGGAGGCCAUGUGAUGUGAUAUUAACAGUGAAAUUUCAGGUUGUUUAUCUGUUCCGUCUCGAUGCACAUGGAUCAGCCGAGAAGGUUCUUGCUCUUACAAUAUCCCAUGCUCACCAUCUUGGCCUCCAAAGAAACCGUGUGGUUAAUGCUAUGUCUCCAUUCGAGAGUGAGAUCUCCCGUCGUUUAUGGUGGUGUCUUUAUCUGCUGGAUAGACGACUAGCUAUUGAAACUGGUCGCCCAUUUCUCAUUCAAGAUGUCAAUGUCGACGUGGAUCAUCCUCAUGAUUUGAGCGACGAAUGGCUCACGAUUUUGAAGGAACGAUUGCAGCAUGGUAGUACAAACGAAAUUGAGACUGAACCCAGAGUAACUUCUGUUCCAUAUUUGAUCGCUAUGGCUAGCUACUCUAGGGUUAUUGGAAAAGUUUGGGAGGCUCUUUAUGGUGCGACGACAUCAGAGUCGACACCAAGCCCUCUUUUGAACGAGUAUCUGGAGCAACUUAUUACUCAGUCACAACGAGGGAUCAAACAAGAAUUUACUUAUGAUCCUCAUAAUCCGGUUGGGAUGCAAGCAAGAGGUUUAAAGUGGUGGCAGGUUAAGCAGAGAUUCAUUAUGCGGAUUAGGUGGUCAUCUUUAUAUCUCUUAGUCCGGAAGCCAAUGCUACAAAAAGCGUGCGCACCCCAUCAACUGGCUCCAGAUGUCAUUGAGAAUGAGGUCAUUUGUAUGCGAUUGACUCAGAGCAUAUUUGACGACUUUAACAGCAUGCCCGAACAGCAUCCAAAAUACACAUUUCCAUUCUUACAUUAUCUCACUAGCGCAACUAUAAUCGCGCUAGGACUAAUAAUUAAGCAGCCUUCAUUCAAGCGAGUCUACGGGAACCUUACUUUGCGAGCAGCGCGAUCAUUAUGGGACCAUUGUCGCAAAACUUGGGUUUCUGGAAAAAUGGCACAGACCGUUUGGAAAUUGAAUCAAAUGGCAGAUGCGACCAUGCACCCUGCAAACGAUCGACUGCAGGAAAGAAAUGAGAAUUCUGCACAACAGCCAGAAGCGUUGCUUUCUGGGAUGGAAGAAAAAUUCCCAUCGACACGAAGCCCCAGACUCGAUUCGACCUCACCCGAUCGCAGAGUUGCAGUAGCGAAUAAUCAACAGAAAUACUCUGGAAGGGGAUCUAGCUCUAGCCUCGAGCCAAAUACUCAUGCUGCAAAUUUUAUCAACGGCACGAAUUCCUACCCAUUACAAAGAGGGCCUAAUACCUACAGCAAUGAGCAUGGCCCGACCGAAUUUGGAUCUCAUGACAAAAAUGGGGCGACCGAAAAUGACUUCAAUCCAGCAGUUGAGCUCGAAAUGCCACAGUCCCACUCGCGCCUCUCUGAUACUCGCCAAGAGGUGGAGACAGAAUUGUACACAGAGAUCUCCUUCCCAGGAGAAAUGAUAGAUGGGGGAAUGGAAUGGUUACAAGCACUCUUUACCAACGGUCUUGACACUAAUAUUCCUCCAGUGUGGGAUUGA